AUGGCCGGGAGGGCGCUGCUCUCGCACUUCAGAAGGAAAAAGAAGGUCGAGACAGCUCCUACCCAGAUCAAAGAUGAAGCAUCCAAGACAAAUAACGGCCCUUCGAUCAAUGGAGAUGGGUCCUCAACCCAGUCUCCCAACCAGAAGGACUUGUCGGGGCGAGCAAAAAAGCCGGAAGACCUCUCGGCAACAAAUCGUCUGUGGGAAAUGGCCUAUAAUAAGAUGGAUCCAAGCAUGAUGCAUCAAUACGAAGCAUGCUUGCUGCUGGGCAGCCAGUCUUCUGGAAAUCGCCAACAGAAGCUCCAGCAUGCCGUCAAAGAAAGGCUAGAGGCUACCAUUAACGCACGACGAAAAAUAACGAUUGGCCAGGAGCAGAUUGUUGUUAGAGAUCAGGUUCUGAAAGUAAUCAACAGGAUUUCCGGAUUCAAAGAUCUCAUUUCAGCUGCCGUGAGUGUUGAGCCUAAUGCCAGCCUUGCUUGGGGCGGUGUUUCUGCUUUGCUUCCAAUAAUAUCUACCGCUUUAUCGCAAUCGGACGACGCCCUGGAUGGACUGGAUUACAUUUCUGAGCUCCUGGUGCGAUUUCGAGUCAUAGAAUUGAUGUAUGAGCUAUCUGGAGACCCAGGAAAGAAAGAUAAGCCCGUGGAAAGGACCCGUGAGCUUCGUGGACUGCUAAGAGACAAAAUCAUCGACCUUUAUACCCAGAUUCUCAAGUAUCAGAUAUUUCUUGGAAAGCAUUAUUCGCACAAUCAAUUCUAUCGUCUACUCAAAGAUAUAGCUGUGCCCGAUGAAUGGAAGGAUUUGUGUACAGAUAUCAAACAGACAGAAAACGACAUUGAUAGUGCUUUAAAGACACUGGACUACAAUGCUACUCAUGUUGUCAACCGUCAGUUAUCCAUCCUAGGCGAUGAGGUAAAAGAUGUCGUAACCGAGGUUAAGAAAUUGUCUCAAUUUGAGCACAUCAUGACCCUCCCAAGGGUAGAUUAUGCAGCUUUUGACGAGUAUAAAAAGGAUGGAUUUAUCCCUCCUCGAUGCCAUAAAGAAACACGAAAGGAAAUUCUAGAAUCUAUCAGAUCGUGGGGAGAAAGCCAUGACGAUCAAUCUAUAUUCUGGCUCAGUGGAAUGGCAGGAACAGGGAAAUCGACAAUUGCACGAACGGUCGCUGCCAACUUUGAUCAAAAGAAUCGACUUGGAGCAAGCUUUUUCUUUUCAAGAAAUGAUAAAGAUAGGGCCGAAGCGGAUGGGCUUUUCUCUACCCUGGCCCUUGAUCUAGCAUCAAGGAUCCCAGAUUUUCGGCAAUUCCUGGACGAAAGUCUUCCAGAAUAUAGCAGCAUUCAAAAUCAGUCCCUAUCAAAACAGUGGGACUGUCUGAUAAUGCAGCCUUUGUCAGCUCUCGGCAGUCAUUCGCUAGUACCACUUAUUUUGGUCAUUGUUAUUGAUGCCCUAGAUGAAUGCAAAGGGAUCCGUUUUGUCCCUGAAAUAGUUACACUUCUUGCUACGGCAAAGGAUUUACAAGGGAUUCGUCUUCGGGUCCUCGUGACAAGCCGACGCGAGGAACACAUUACACACAGCUUUCAAAAAAUGGCAAAUGUUACUUACAAGGAGUUGGUUGUUGAUUCUACUUCAGAUGGGAACACAGAGCGCGAUAUCUCUAUUUACUUGAAGGACGAACUUGCAAAAAUAUCUGCAGAGAAUGAAUUAAAAGAUUGGCCUGAAGAACAUUAUAUACAGCAACUGCAGCAAUUGAGUGGACGCCUGUUCAUCGCUGCUGCCACCGCAUGUCGCUACCUGUGGGAAUCCAGAAGCCCAGAGGAUAUGCUGCCAGUAUUACUAGAUUCUCGCAACACCGGCGAUGAAAUCACGGGCGAUCUAGAUAAUAUGUAUCUUUUCGUCUUGAACCAAGCCGUCGGAAAAGGUCAUGAAAAGAAAGUGCUCGCGCCACGUUUCCAGCUGAUCGUGGGAUUCAUUGUCGUUUCUGUUGAGCCUCUAUCAUCUUCUGGUAUAGAGCAGCUUCUUCAAAUUUCGCACUCUCAUACGGCUUCUAUCUUGAAAAAUCUACAUUCUGUGUUAACCAUCCCGGAAGAUGAUGGGUUGCCCGUUCGGAUUUUUCACCAAUCUUUUCGCGACUUUCUUCUCGAUGACUCAAGAUGCAAAGACGAAGACCUUCACGUCAAAGAGGCAGAAAAACGUAAAGAGAUUGCUGAACAUUGUCUAGGACUUCUCUCAAAAUCACUGAGGAGAGAUAUCUGCGAACUGCGUCUCAUGGGCACGCUUUUUUCUGAGAUUAGCCAUGAUGUUGUCAAGAAAUACAUUCCGCCGGCUAUCCAAUAUGCCUGUCGCUAUUGGGCUGCCCUUUUGGACGGUGUCGAUAUUACUCCAGCUGACGCCGAAAAAAUCUUUGUCUUCCUCAAGGACCAUCUCCUUCACUGGCUUGAAGCACUAAGCUUGCUGGGACGAAUGGUGGAUGCAGUCACGAGCAUUAGGAUUAUACAAAAUGCGGCCGCACAAGUUUCUGAGAUUAAAGGUUUUCGGGAUUUCGCUGAUGACGCCUGCCGAUUUAUUCUAUAUCAUCGCCCAGUUAUCGAGAUGGCCCCCCUUCAAGUGUACUACAUGGCUACUAUUUUUUCCCCAACAGCCAGUCCAGUGCGACAACAGUAUUCUAGCCAAAGACCCCGCUGGAUAUCUAGGUCUCCUUUUAUGCAACAGCAUUGGGAAGCGAUGGAGCAAAUUUCGGUGUUUGGCCCGCGUUCAUUUUCAGGUCUAACAAUUUCCUGUGAUAGCAGCAAGGCCGCUAUUGGAGUUAUGAAGGACUCCUUUUACAUAUGGAAUAUCUCGACUGGGCAGGUCGAGCAGAAGCUCGAGAACCCAGAUCAUGAAGAAAUGAAACUAAAAUUCUCUGACGAUGGCAGUAAAUUGAUAUGUGUUCCACAGGGUGUUAAGAGUAGUAUGGCACGGAUUUGGAGUCUUUCGACUGGUCAGGCUGAGAUGAUGCGGUUUCCCUUACAUCCUGGAGUCGCAUCGACAAAAAUGGAUUUUCGAACAGACAAAGGAACUAUCAUAUCUGUCCCAGGAGACAUUGAACGAGCCCUGAAUGGAUAUUACUUUUUACAGUCUCCCGAUGGUCACCAGGCAGUCUUUCUCAAAGACAGUGGAGCCUAUUUAUGCAAUUUGGCAACUCAGAGGAUUGAUCAUUUUCUUGAGUGGUCCCAGGAGAAAGAAGUAAUGGGCCUUUCUAGCACUAGGAUUGUUUUUCAGACAAUCCAAGAAGCCCAAAAAAACAUUGAAAUAUGGGACAUUACUACCCGGCAAUGUGUGAGUGUUAUCAACCUACCAGAUACUCCAAUGGCCGUGGCUAUCUCCUCUGACGGCUCUAAACUGGCUCUCUCGGUUUCGCCAAGCUACGACAUUCAAAUAUGGAAUAUUGGCAUUGGCGAGAUAGAGAUCAUUUUGAAAGGGCACUCAAACUGUAUAGCAUAUCUCAGUUUCAUUCUUCAAGAUAGAAAACUGAUAUCCACUUCAUAUGACCGUACAGCCCGGAUAUGGAAUAUCAAUGUGCAACAAAAACAACAAAACCCAGAGUUCGGGACUCAACUCAAAAAGGUCGAGUAUUUGACUCUCUCUCAGGACGGCAACAAAGCUAUCUUGAGGCUGGAUGACUUCAGUAUUGAAGUAUUCGAUAUCAGCUCAGGGCAUUUGGCAAAGGUUAUAUCGACAAAGAAAGAAAUGAACGAACCAAUAUUUUCCAAGGAUGGUACCAAGCUAGCGGCUGUGAGCGAGGACGGUUAUUUGCGGGUAUGGAAUUUAAAAAAUUGCAAGAUUAAUACCGAUUUUGAGAUUGAGCUUGCAAUAUACAUAGCUGGUUUGAGGUUUAGUUUUGCCUUUUCGCCUGAUGGCUUAAAAUUGGCAGUGCAAAGUUCAGAAAAUACUGCUGAAGUGUGGGAUUUGACUACGAAGACAUUAGAACGGACACUAAGACUCAGUGAUGCUCAGAUUCCUCGUACUAUCUUUACUUUUUCACCGAAUGGGACUAUGCUGUCAAUGCUCAGAGGAUUAGAGUCGGCUAUAACAAUAUGGGACGUCAACACAUGGGAUAUCAAGGACACAUUUGAGAACAGCGUUAGCAGCGGUAUGCCUUACAGCGUGGCCAUAUCAAAUAACAGCUCUCUGGUUGCUGUGGGAUACAGAAAGUCUGUGCAGAUCCGGGACACAGUUGACAAAAAGUCUCACAAACUCGCGACCAAUACAGGAUUUCAUAACUACCCUAUAUCCCUGGCAUUUUCGACCCAAGACACCAGGCUUGCAUCAGGAUGGGUAGAUGGGAGUAUCAGAAUUUGGAAUAUCACCACAAAACAGACUGAAUGGGAGUUUAAGGCACACCCAAGCCUGGUGAAUACACUGGCCUAUUCUGCAGGUGACGAUAGCUGGGACCAGGCGUCGUACUAUACUCUAGACAAGGAAAGCAAGUGGAUUGAAUAUGGUGGCAGCAGGGUUUUGGCUCUCCCUCGCGACUUUCAAUGGACACGCGAUUGGCAUGGGUCCAAGAACGAUACUAGAGGCAAAACUUUCGCAUUCUUGUCUGAUAGCAAGCGGAUUGCGACUUUUAUGUUCGAGGGGACUCCUGACUUUAUUGAUUAA